AUGACUUUUACAGUUCCACCCUUCAACACACUAUUUCUUCCUCACUCUCAUUCCCUUAAACUUCUGCUUUUCCCUUGUAGAAGUAACUUCUCCUCUUCAAACAAGAAUCUCAGAAGCACAGGACGAAAGAUUUUACCUUUGCACUAUCAAAACCAAGAAGUGCUAUAUCCCGAGAUGAGUAAGAAUCUUUAUGCAGAUAUAGAGCCAUACAAUACCGGUUUUUUGAAGGUUUCAGACAUCCACACCCUUUAUUAUGAGGAGUCAGGAAAUCCUAGUGGACAUCCAGUAGUUUUUAUCCAUGGAGGACCAGGAGGUGGAACUUCACCUAGUAAUCGGACAUUUUUUGAUCCUGAGUUUUACAGGAUCAUUCUAUUCGAUCAGCGAGGUGCAGGUAAAAGUACACCGCAUGCAUGCUUGGUGGAGAAUACGACAUGGAACCUUAUUGAGGAUAUUGAAAAGCUAAGGGAACACUUGGAAAUUUCAGAAUGGCAGGUUUUUGGCGGUUCCUGGGGAAGCACGCUUGCUCUUGCCUAUGGCCAAUCACAUCCGGACAAGGUUACAGGCAUGGUCCUGAGAGGGAUUUUUCUAUUGCGCCAGAAAGAAAUUGAUUGGUUUUAUGAGGGUGGUGCAGCUACUAUAUUCCCUGAUGCCUGGGAGCCAUUUAGAGAUCUUAUUCCAGAAAGUGAGAGGGGAUGUUUUGUUAAGGCCUAUCACAAGAUGUUAAACUCUGAUGACAAGGAAACACAAUAUGCAGCUUCAAGAGCGUGGACAAAAUGGGAAAUGAUGACUGCCCAUCUUAUCCCAAAUGAAGCUGCAUUACAGAGAGGGGAGGACGAUGAAUUUUGCUUGGCAUUCGCAAGGAUUGAGAAUCAUUACUUCAUGAACAAGGGCUUUUUUCCUUCCGACUCAUUCUUGUUAGAUAACAUUGAAAAGAUAAAGCACAUCAACACUGUAAUUGUUCAGGGAAGGUAUGAUGUUUGCUGCCCCAUGAUGUCUGCCUGGGAUCUUCACAAAGCUUGGCCAGAAGCUGAUUUCAUAGUUGUUCCUGAUGCUGGGCAUUCUGCUAAUGAGCCGGGGACAUCAGAACAACUGGUUGCUGCAACCAAUAAAUUGAAAUAUAUUAUCAAGGAAAAGUAA